GAAGACGUCUAUUUUGUGGUUUUAUCCAGCAUCUGCUCUUUUUCUUCGUGUUAUAUUUUAACUGUAAGAUAUUAUAUCUAGUAUAAAAUGGCAUGUGGAGGGUUCACCUGCUCAAAGAAUGCCCUGACGGCGCUAAAUAUUCUAUAUAUUCUGGUCGCGUUCAUCCUAAUUGGAGUCGCCGGCUACAGCAAGGCAUCGAGCGUCAUCACCAGCAUCACCGUCAUCGGCGGCAUCAUCGCCUGCGGGGUCUUCCUGCUGCUGCUCGCCGUGGUCGGACUCAUAGGUGCCAUCAAGCACCACCAGGUGCUGCUGUUCUUUGUAUCCUUGCAUAGUGAGAAAGUACUGCCUUGUUGCAAACUACUGUCGGAUAAGCCGGACUACUGCGGUGGCAGCAGUUCUCUGCACAAUGACGCAUGCGACCUGUGCUGGAUCCAUCUAGAGAACAAGAUUAGCAGCGCACUCAAGAUCACCGGCGGCAUUGGUCUCUUCUUCAGCUUUACGGAGUUCAUUGGCGUGUGGCUAACAGUUCGCUACAGGAACCAGAAAGAUCCUCGCGCAAACCCUUCUGCGUUCCUAUGAACAGCAGUUGUUACUAACGCAUAAUAGCGAUAACAUAGGUUGUGGGAGUUGUUCUCGCUUUCCGCUACAGACACCUGAGGGAUCCGAGAGCUGACCCGAGCGCAUUCUUGUGACGUCUAGGACUGUGAACUUUGCGUCGACGUUCGUUUGCUGUUCACUCGGUUACGUUUCACGGCACGAGUCUACCGGCAGCGCGGCCUUCCCACGCUAUCGCGAUAGCCAAUAGCAGUCUAGAGCAGCAAGGCUGCAUCACUAGCGCACGUAGACCGAAUAAUUCUGUCCCAUAUAACCUUUUUUAUAUUUUGGUGAUGGUUAUUGGGACAAAACG